UCCAAAAAACGCAGUCAAGCAGUUAACUGAUAUACACAGAUAAUUCAAAGAAAAUUCCAACUAACAAUAUGCAGUACAAUAAGCAAUUCUGUGUGCUCAUCGCGUGCUUUGUUGCCCUGGAAAUUGUUUGUGCCUAUCCCCAAGAACGCCACAGUUCCUCUAAACAGAUCAGCUCACAGAGCCAAAGACUGAGUCCAGAGACUGAAGCAGAAAUCCAAUUGCCAUUAUCUGAAGAAGCAUUGAGUAAUCUCUACAAAUACGAGCGCACAUUAAACAGACUGCGCCGUGCACUGGGAGAAAUCGAGUAUGAGGAGGCAGCCGAUGAUAUGGAACUGGCUGAAAUUAAUGUGUUCCGUCCUCUCUUUCGUUAUCGCGCUCAGAUCGCCAGACAAGUGAAGAAUCCACAACAAUUUGGCUGAUUGCCAAUCCUGACAUCUCGGAAUUGUUUUAGCUUAGUUUCAUCUCAUCUGCAUCAAAUGAUUUCCACAUUGUCACUACGUUUUGUACCAAAAGUUUAACUUAUAAAAAUUAUCAAGUACUUGAUAUAAAUGAAAAGAAGUUCUACUUCAAGUCGAUUAUUUAA